AAUCAAGUUAGAAACACCACACCCUGUUAGCUGUUAUCCCCCUUUGAUUGGUAUGUCCAUCGGAAGAAAGAUUCAAUGUGUACUCUUGCUACUAGCCUUGAACGCUCAUUGAUGAUCUCUUAGCCACACAACACGAUUGUUAAAACCAUGACUUUCCAUUUACUUCUGGUUGAGCUGGCUGUUCUAGUUCAUCUGGUGGACUGUCAACGAUUCAGCAGUAAUUUUAGUCCAACAUUUAACUUCACCUGUCGACCUAAUCACAUUAUUGGGGAAAUUUCUUUUAACUAUGGCAAAAAACAACAAGAAUGGAACUACAACUUCGGGUGCCAUUCUGUUCGAUCUACUCUCAACUGUUCGAGAAGAGAUUUUCUCUAUUGUCCAGAUGGUCAAGCCUUGUCUGGAGUAGAAAAACAUAGAAAUAAUACCAGGACCCAUUGCUGUAGGACCCUUUGCUGUAAUGUCAAAGACAGCAAAUUUCAGAUUUGCAAUAAACGUAUUUUUAAGAGUCUUAACGUACACUUAAAGGAUGGAGAGGCAAUCCAGUCUAUUCGGAGCGCUACAGUAAACAAAAGUCUCGAGCACACAGUCAAAGUUUGUUCAAAUGCACAAAGUCAAGCUAAUACAAACAAACGUAAUGUAUGCGACCAAGGUUGGUUUGGAGGAAGAUGCCAAUAUAAAUGUCACUGUCAGUCCAAAUGUGACAAAGAUGGGCUAUGUGUAGGAAAUGUCCCAAGAUGUCAUUCCUCAUGGUUUGGAACUAAAUGCCAAUAUCAGGACUUGGCCACUAUUGAUGGAGUUAAAAUCACUACCAAUGUCAAGCAAAACAUUCAAUGGUUGACAGACAGAGACCAUCAAACUUGCAACAAUGAUCGAAACUCACACACUGUUACGAUAGUUUGGGAUACAGAGUAUUGGUUUACAUGGAUGAGAAUUGUACUAAAACAAUCUGCACACUUGAAGUCAAUAGAUAUUCAACUUAACCAACACUUUACAAGCCAGAUGUUAAACUGUAGCAAGUUUAUUUUGAACACCUCAAAUCCUACAUUAGAGAUUCACUGCAGUUUAGAGUUCGUUGUAAGGCAGAUAACUAUAACAGCAGCGGCAGAUUUGUGCGACAUUUACAUUAGUGGAGGUGUCAACUUUGCGUUAAAACAAAUGGUCGCCAUGUCGUCAGUCGCUAAAAAUUAUUAUGCAACAAAUGCUGUUGAUGGUGAUUUAAAUACGGCUUCAAUUACACGUCGCGAAAAAAGGCCAUAUUUGUUGGUGACAUUGCCGGAACCAAGGCUAGUGAACCGCGUUGUUCUUCAUUGCAGAAAGUAUAAUGACCAAACUUUAAGGGAUUACCUUAAAUACUUUGAACUAAAAGGACUGGAUGAGAACAAUUGUACUCAGUUUAGUUAUAAAGAUAACAACACAGCGCCUUUUUACAUUUACUCUAUUGGGAUAGCUGGGAAGAAGAUGAACAAAAUCUUCGUGUAUGCUACUGAAGUCACUAAAACGCGGGAUCCAACUGUUACGUUACGUGAGGUAGAAAUAUAUGGAGAAUGUCUACCUGGUACCUGGGGACUCAGCUGUAACCAGUCGUGUCCAACGAAGUGUCCAGUCUCUUGUACACAGGAAGAUGGCCUUUGUAAUCUACUCCGUGAAGAGUCUGAAUGUAAUGUGAAAGGAAAAGGAGAAGGGAGGGAAUUAUCACCUCAACAAAAACUUUGUGCUGCUUCACAAUUAGAGACUUUGUUUCAUAAGAAUGCACUGAGUUUGAAUGUAACGGACAUAAAAUCCAUCGCCUCUGUGGCCGACACUAUGGAGCACUUUGUGGACAACGGAGUCAAAGUGUCCAAGAAUGUUACCAACUCUAUUGUAGACAUUCUCUCUGCCUUUGGAAACAAGGCAUCAGAUCCUGAUUUCAUUAUAGACGAUACAACAUUUGAUAAACUUGUCACUCUGGCAGACGUCGUGACAUUUAGUAUGCAAGAUAAUACGACAGACGCACCAGAGGAAGAUUACGUCACUAUUAACUCUCUCGUCACUUCUUUGGAAAGUGUGGUUCUCAGACUGAGUUCAAAUGAAACCAAAGAUUUUGCCUUUGUCAAGAAUACGAUAGCUGUAAAAAUAGGAACUGUAUCCCAAGGCAUCAAUUUUCCAGAGGCCAACCAUUCAGGAUUGAAACCAUUCGAUAAUUGGUUUCGUAAUUCUAAAAAUGAAAUAUCUUUGUCAAAAAAAGCUUUUGAUGGCUACACUGAAGUGAGAAGUUAUUCAGUCAUUGCCAUCAAACGUAAAGAAAAUGAUGAGACUGAAUCUUUUCAAACUAAUGAAAGUAGUAUUACGUCUAAACCACACAUUGUGUCUGAUGUCCUAGCAGUGUCUGUUGGUCGUGGCGUAACUUUGAAAUCGCCUGUGUCAUUGACAUUUCGAGUCCCCAAUGUAACAAAGUUGGACAGCCACGUGACUCCACAAUGUGUAUAUCUCGACACAUCGAUGAGUGGUCGUGUGACCUGGUCAAGAGAAGGUUGUUUAACGGAGCGCUUUACAGAUGACCAAAUUAUAUGUAAAUGUAACCAUCUGACCUCCUUUGCAGUGUUGAUGGGACCUAAGCAGCUAGCUGAACAUCAAGCUAUGACUGCACUAACCAUCACUGGGUGCUCUGUAUCUAUAGUAUGUCUAAUCAUAACCAUAGUUAUCUACCUUUAUUUCUGGAGGUACGUUAAAAACGAGCGGUCAGUCUUACUUUUAAAUCUGUGUGUCUGUAUGCUGAUUAGUUACUUGGUCUUCUUGUUGGGCAUUGACAAAACUGAUAACCAGAUACUCUGUCAGUUCAUCGGCAUAUUUCUUCACUACAGUUUCCUGUGUGUAUUCUUCAACUUCUUAAGUCAAAGCCUGGCUCUGUAUAAAUCAAUAUACAGUGUAUCCGGACGUGUUCGGCUGGAACUAUUCUUACCUGUCACUUACAUUACUCCUCUGCUAAUUGUUGGAGCCACAGCCUUAGUGAAUCAAGCUGAAGGAUAUGGAACACCUAAUUACUGCUGGUUAUCUGUAAAUAAAGGCUUCAUAUGGGCUUUCAUUGGUCCUGUUAUAUGUGUUUUGUUAGUUAACUCGGGUGUCCUUAUUGCUGUCAUUAAGACAAUUCAGUCAACCCAUUCUAUGAUAGACAAAUCAAACGCUGAGAGAACGAUGUCAGCAGCUCGUACCAUUGUGGUCCUAACUCCAUUAUUUGGACUCACCUGGACUUUUGGAAUAGUGUCUCUACUUACUGAUGUGGUAGUGCUACAGUAUCUUUUUGUUAUAUUUAAUACUUUCCAGGGGCUGUUCAUCUUUGUUUUCUAUUGCCUACGACAACGUCAGAUUAUAGAGGCUAUUCUACAAACCAAAAGACAAAGACAGGCCCAAAGUACGGACAGAACAAACAAACCUCAAACAGCCUCAACAUAUUGAUGCAAAAUAUUUGCUCUUCCAAAACAUAAGAACAAAUUUAUGAACAUUGACUUUGUAACGACUUAGUUUUACAUUUUGAAAGCCAAGCUCUUAGAUAUCACUUGUUCUUUUUUCUUAGAUAUCGCUUGUUAUUUAGUCUUAGAUAUCACUUGUUCUUUUUUCUUAGAUAUCGCUUGUUAUUUAGUCUUAGAUAUCCCUUGUUCUUUUGUCUUAGAUAUCACUUGUUCUUUAGUCUUAGAUAUCACUUGUUCUUUAGUCUUAGAUAUCACCUGUUCUUUUGUAUUAGAUAUCACAUGUUCUUUUGUAUUAGAUAUCACUUUUUUUAUUGUCUUAGAUAUCAAUAGUUCUUUUAUUUAUAUAUCAAUUGUUCAUUUAUCUUAGAUAUCACCUGUUCUUUUGUAUUAGAUAUUACCUUUUUUAUUGUCAGAUAUCAAUUGUUCUUUUAUUUAGAUAUCAAUUUUUCAUUUAUCUUAGAUAUCACUUGUUCUUUUAUCUUAGAUAUCACCUUAUUCUUUUGUAUUAGAUAUCAUCUUUUUUGUUGUCUUAGAUAUCAAUUGUACUUUUAUUUAGAUAUCACUUGUUCUUUUGUCUUAGAUAUCACUUGUUCUUUUGUCUUAGAUACCACUUGUUCUUUUGUCUUAGAUAUCAACAAUCCUUUUAUCUUAGAAAUGUGCAUAGCAUGAAAUAAAACUAAAGAAAUAAUUUCCAACAUUUAUGCUCUUUUCAAUAUUCUAUGCCAUUGUUAAUGUAUAAGUUGACAACGUUUGUUUCAAUGCCAUGGAUCCGUCUCAUGUAAAAACUCCAUAAAUGUUGUAUCUGGAAAUAAUUCAGCAUUAAACUGACAUUUUGUACUUAUAAUAUGUUAUAUUUGGAUACAAUUUUCAAGAAAUGUGUUAUUAAUGUAUUUAAAAGUUAAUAAAAAAUAUCUGUUCAUAAUUGUCUACAUGUAUUCCUAAACAUGCUUAUAUAAAUAUUACACUGUCAUGCUUAUGCUCGUGUAUUUUAGUAUUUGUGGAGAU